AUGUCAGCCAGAAAGGGCUAUCUUCAUCCUCCGUCAAAUUACACCACAACGAUGACAUGCCCCAACAACCAGGCUGGAAAUUCGUUCUUCGUGGACUCUUUAAUCAACGUGAGAACCGACAGUGGUUCAUAUUACCCAAGUAACGGCGUGUAUUUGCCACCGGCGUCGGAAUAUUCAUAUGGACUGUCCAGUGGCUCGUGUUUCCCGGGGAUCGGUAAGCGCAAUAACGAGCCAGUCACCCAGAGCGUGAUCCCGUCAUCUGCUCCCUAUGUUCAAGGGAUGGAAACGUGGCUGGAAACGUCGAGAUCGUGCCGGGUAGACCAACCCAGCAGCGGCCAACAUAUGGCUCAGUGCUCCUUCUCCCCGAGCAUAAAGGAGGAGAGCGCGUAUUGCCUUUACGAGUCUGACAAAUGUCCUAAAGGAGCACCGGUAGAUGACAUUUCCUACUCGAGCGCAUCAUGCCCUGUUUCAGGCAGUACCUUACCAGUCCCGGGCUACUUCCGCUUGUCUCAGACUUACACGUCCUCCAGCAGGCUGUAUCAAGAUGUCCAGCCAAACAUGAACCACUUUAGCCUGCAGAGACCUGCGCGCUCGGACAGCCAGCCCUCCCAGCCAACUCAGCCCUCCCAGCCUGCCUCUGCUGAGCCGGAGCGGAGGGAGAGCCACGAGGAGGCGCCUGUUCCUACACCCUGCGUCCCGGCCGGAGAGGAGGACAGCCGGCUCUCCUCGGACAGCUCGUCCUCUCCUGAAUCUGCUGAAACCUGCAGGGCGGAGUGUCCUGAGAAGCCCGUCAAAGGUGAAGAGCAGAAAAUUACCACAAAAAGAGCAGACAGUAAACAGCACGUUAAUUUUGAAGGCUUCCAUUGUGUUUUCUCGGUUUAGAGGACGGUUAGGAGUGCGACUGCUCCUUUUUUUAUAUUUGCAAGAAUAUUAAGCCUCGGGUCAACAGUCAGUCUUUCACAGGUGCGCGUUUAUCGGGUAUUUACAGCUUUAUCAGACAUGAGACGAAAUUGAACGUGACCAAUCAGAGCCGAGGAUCAGAGCUGUACGAGUUGUUUAGACAACAAAUAGACAGCUGUGCAUGCACUUCAGUACAAUUCCAGUCACACACACACCUUUAGGGUGUAGCAUAUUUGAACAUGCAGCUUUUAAUAUUUAUAUUAUUACUAACUUUGAAUUAAAAAAGGUUUCACUAUUUAACCUAAAUGAAACAACAAAGCUAAUCCAGUCUACUCAGGGCUGUGUUUGCUCUCGAUUCAUCUGAGGCCUUACUUUGAUUUCAGUGCUUUGUUGGCUGUUUAAUAUCCCAAUAAAGGUGCAGUGGGCUGCAGAUUGUCGUGGUUAAAGCUUCUUAAGGGGACAAAUAUCAGUAAAAAAGUGGAAUUAUUGCUGUAUUUGAUGUCAGAAUUGUUGUGAUGCUGUGCGUAAAAUGUCCAUAACGUCAAAUAAGUCAGAGAAACGUCUUUGUAGGGGUCUUGAGUGCAUUUUAAAGGUACUCUUUAAAAAAAUAUUUGAAAUAUAAACUAGACACCACUUUUUAUACGCAUGAGCUUUUCUUUAUGCUGAUCUUUCGAAUUUGUAACGGUCCAUUUUAUUUUUAACAGGGUUAAAAGGUUUUCUUUGGCUGUCUUCAGUGUGUUUUGUGUAUUUUUUCCACACCUGUUGCCCAUAAUAUCCUGUCUUACUUCCCUUUCAGGAGAUGGAAAAAUUGAAAGCACGGCUAACUGGCUCACAGCAAAGAGUGGCCGAAAGAAGCGUUGCCCAUACACCAAGCACCAGACACUGGAGCUGGAGAAGGAGUUCCUCUUCAACAUGUACUUGACAAGAGAGCGUCGUCUGGAGAUCAGCCGCAGUGUGCACCUCACUGACAGGCAAGUCAAAAUCUGGUUCCAAAACAGGAGGAUGAAACUGAAAAAAAUGAGCCGAGAGAACAGGAUCCGAGAGCUCUCCAGCAACUUCAGUUUCUCGUGAGACUGUCUGUGUGUCUGUCUGCGUCUAUGGCGCCCUCCUCCAUCCAUGGCACGGGCGCCUGUGCAGAGCCCCUCUACCCAACUGUGAGAAUGUCCAUGGAAAAAUAGGACCCUACUGCUAACUUAUUGAUUGUUGCUCUUUCUUGUUUCCAUGUCUGUAUUUAUAAAUGGCUUCCAUUUGUAUCGUUGAUCCGUUGUGUUUGAAAUGUUCAGACUGUGACCACAAUGUUUCAGAGCUUCAGGCUUGUACAUUUUGUAGAUUCAGCCUGAUGGAACCAUUGGACUUUGCAUGCUGGACUCACCCUUGGGAUAUUUGUGUUACAGUUACGUGAAGGCCUUAUUGUGACGGCUAAAAACACCAGAGAGGUCUGAUGAAUAUUUGCACAUUUUGCUGGUCAAAUUAAUAAAGCCAUCCCUG